AGUCCCAAAGGAAGGCGACGACGUCCAAUCGAGGAUGGAAAGAAAGCGCUGAGAGGCCCCUAUGACCCAUCACUCACUUUCGACCUUUGACCCUCCCAAAGGGCCCGCGCACCUGCAAGCGCAGUAGCGAGACACCACCAGUGGGUGGCAACCGACAUAAAACCUCCACUCCUGGGCUGCAGCUUUUCCAUUUUCGUGUCAUUUUGUUUUUCUUUUCUCAUCCAAAUGUGUUUCUUUUCUUUCCAGACGACCACUUGUGGGUAAGAGCGUUCAUCCCCAACGUUCAAUUCGUUCACUCAAUUCCAAGAACCGGGUUAGGGUUUGUCGCAGUUUCCAAAGCGGCCCACGGAAAAAACCCCAAACUGGGGUGCGGCUUCAGUUCGGGACCUGCGAAAAUGUUCGUUUGCAGCGCUUCACGCGCAAGGCCCGCGUGAACGUCGACCGGUGAAAGGCGGCGUCGAGAUCCGCUUCUGGCGGAGGAGUUCCGCCCGCGGGAAACCGGUCCGGGAAGUCUUUCGGAGGGAGGGGCGGGGCCUCGGCGCAGAACGCCAGGCGACCGCCACUCCGACGCGCAGACUGUCAAAGUGUGCGAGGGACACGAGUCGUCUUUUCAGUUGUCGUCGCGUGAGCCCAAUUCAAGCCACGAUGCCCGAGACGGCCGAGUCGCACGCCUUCCACCUGACCACCAACCGCAACUGCACCAUCGAGGUCCUCAACCUCACGUCCACCUUCUGCCUCACCAACCCCAAGGUCCACAUGGAGAGCGGCUUCCCGUACAGCCCGCCGCAGCCCACCGUGCGCGUGGGCCGCGGCGAGGUCUGCUCCUUCACCAAAGACGACAACACGGCGUCGGGCGCGGUGGGCGUGCUCACCUACGAGCUCUUCCACAUGCAGCAGAAGCGCUGCGACCACGUGGUGGCCGUCAUGUUCUCCGUGCCCUUCGACUACACCUUCUACAAGAACUGGGUGGGCGUCGGCGUCUUCCCCAAGACCAAGGCCACCGACCACGACCUCUACGACUUCAUGUACAACUCCAAGGACUUCGCCGAGUUCGCGCGCCACCAGGCCGACGGUUCCGGCGUGGAGCACCUCGGCCGCGACGUGGACGUGGCCGCCUGCAUGUCCGACGAAGGCCACGCCAUCAUCAAGCUGGAGAUCCACAACAAAACGGCCUGACUCCAAAAAUAUCAAUAAAAGCGGCCUGACUACGA